GGCUGCUGUUCAAUUUAAAAAUCGCCUUUGACAUGUGAGAACCCUCGUUAAUUGUUACUCCUCCACAGUCCACACCAUCCGCUGAUUAUCACAUAAACAUAAUUAACCCAAUUUCCAAUUCCCACAACUAAUUUGUUGAGUUUAACAUUUAACAAACAUCAAGUUUUUGCGAUUGAAGCUUGAAAUCAACCCAUCAUGGCUGCUGCGAAAGACUUGUUAACUAAUUUCGGUUCUGUAAUUGCAAGUCUGAUGUUCUUCUGGGCAAUUUUUCAACAAUAUUUCCCUCAUCACCUUCGUACUCACUUUGAUAAAUACUCGCAAAAAUUCAUCACCCUUUUCUAUCCUUACAUUCAAAUCACAUUCUACGAAGCCACAGGUGAAAGGUUCAUGCGAAGUGAAGCUUACGUUGCUAUUGAGAACUAUUUGAGUUCAAAUUCAAGUAAACAAGCAAAGAGAUUAAAGGCUGAUUUGCUGAAAAACAACCAAUCUUUGGCUUUAAGUAUGGAUGAACAUGAAGAAGUCGCUGAUGAAUAUAAAAGGGUUAAAAUUUGGUGGGCAUUUGGGAAAAUUGUCAGUAAGCAAGCGACAAUUUCAUUUCAUCCGCUGGCAGAUGAAAAAAGGUUUUACAAGCUGACAUUUCAUAAGAAAAAUAGGGAUCUAAUCAUGGGAGAAUAUCUAAGUUAUGUAAUGAAAGAAGGAAAUGCAAUUAAAGUUAGGAAUAGGCAAAGGAAACUUUACACCAAUAGUGGAGUUCAAUGGAGUCAUGUUGUAUUUGAGCAUCCUGCAACCUUCCGAACAUUAGCUAUGGACCCAAUAAAGAAGGAUGAAAUAAUUGAAGAUUUGAUUACAUUCAGUAAAGGAGAAGAUUUCUAUGCAAGAAUUGGUAGAGCAUGGAAGAGAGGAUACCUUCUGUAUGGACCUCCUGGAACUGGGAAAUCCACUAUGGUAGCAGCAAUGGCAAAUUUACUGAACUAUGACAUUUACGAUCUCGAACUUACUGCGGUUAAAGAUAACACAGAGUUAAGAAGGCUGCUGAUUGAGACCUCGAGCAAAUCGAUUAUUGUCAUAGAGGAUAUCGACUGCUCGAGGGAUCUUACGGGUCAAAGGAAGAAGAAAAAAGAAGAGAAAGUGGAGGAAAAUAUUGCAGAUGAAGAAAAGAAAAUUGCAAUGUCUAUGAUGGGAAGAGAAGAACAGGAUAUGAGUCAAAGCAAGGUUACAUUAUCAGGGUUACUAAACUUCAUUGAUGGGUUAUGGUCAGCUUGUGGUGGGGAAAGGCUGAUAGUUUUUACUACAAAUCAUGUGGAAAAACUUGAUUCUGCAUUGAUUAGAAGAGGAAGGAUGGAUAAGCAUGUUGAACUGUCUUAUUGUGAGUUUGAAGCAUUCAAGAUUUUAGCAUAUAAUUAUCUGAGAAUUAAAUCACAUCCUUUGUUUCCAACAAUUGAGAAGUUGUUGGGUGAAGUUAAGAUGACUCCUGCUGAUGUUGCUGAGAAUUUGAUGCCUAAGACAGCAAAGGCGGAUGCGACUUCCAGCUUAGAGAGCCUCAUUGAUGCAUUAAAGAUGGUUAAGCAGGAAGUAGAGCACACAUCAGAAAGCUAGUACAUGAUUUUGGGCAGAGAAGACCAGUGGGGGCUUCUUUUUUUUUUUUUUUUUUAGAUUGUUAAGUUACUUGAAUAAAUUAAGCCUCAUUGUUCUGUAGUUGAAUUGAUAUUGCAACUCUAAUAAAAGAAUGCCCUUUUGGAUACAUUGAAUUACAGACAGUAGAAAGAACAUUAACUUGCCAUUUUCUGUUUAAUGUUCAAGAAAUCUGAAUUCUUGAUAUAUUGAAUUUAAUGUUUCUGGUAUGGAUAGUUUACUUUAUGAAAUUAGCUGAACACAAGUUGUACAAUAUUGACAUAAAAGAUUGCAAA